CCCCGAGCCGCGGUGGACCGCUGGGAGGAGGGGGCGGCGCGCCUCAGGGCGCACAGAUGGAUCCGGCGGAGAAGGCGGCCGACAGGAGCGAGCAGAAGUCCAGUAGAAAGUUUUUAAAGAGCCUCGUCCGGAAGCAGCCCCAGGAGCUGCUGCUGGUCAUCGGGACGGGGGUGAGCGCGGCAGUGGCCCCGGGGAUCCCCGCCCUCUGCUCGUGGCGCAGCUGCAUCGAGGCGGUCAUCGAGGCGGCCGAGCAGCUGGAGGUGCUGCACCCCGGGGACGUGGCCGAGUUCCGCAGGAAGGUGACGAAGGACCGGGACCUGCUGGUGGUCGCGCACGACCUGAUCCGGAAGAUGUCGCCGCGCACGGGCGACACCAAGCCCAGCUUCUUCCAGGACUGCCUGAUGGAGGUCUUCGACAACCUGGAGCAGCACAUCCAGAACCCGCUGGUGCUGCAGUCCAUCCUCAGCCUGAUGGAGCGGGGCACCAUGGUCCUGACCACCAACUACGACAACCUGCUGGAGAUCUUCGGGCAGCAGCAGCACAAGCCCAUGGAGUCCCUGGACUUGAAGGACAAGACCAAGGUCCUGCAGUGGGCGCGCGGGCACAUCCGCUACGGCGUCCUGCACAUCCACGGCCUGUACACGGAUCCCUGCGGGAUGGUCCUGGACCCCUCGGGCUAUAAAGACGUCACGCAAGACCCAGAAGUCAUGGAAGUCCUCCAGAACCUGUACCGCACCAAGUCCUUCCUGUUCGUGGGCUGCGGAGAGACCCUCCGCGACCAGAUAUUCCAGGCGCUGUUCCUCUACUCGGUGCCCAACAAGGUGGAGCUGGAGCACUACAUGCUGGUGCUCAAGGAGAGCGAGGACCACUUCUUCAAGCACCAGGCCGACAUGCUGCUGCACGGCAUCAAGGUGGUGUCCUACGGCCGCUGCUUCGACUACUUCCCCGGCUACGUGCAGGACCUGGCCACGCAGAUCUGCCAGCAGCGGAGCCCAGAUGCCGAUCGAGUGGACAGCACCACGUUGCUCGGGAACGCCUGUCAGGACUGCGCGAAGAGGAAGUUGGAGGAGAACGGCGUCGACGUCUCCAAACGGCCGAGACAAUCAGACACGGAUGAUGCCGGAGGGUCUUGAAGUCUUUAAAGCCAAUAAAACCUGCAACUUUGAAAACCAGCCUUGUGACCACAGUGCCAUGCCCGAGCCACGAGGGGUGCUCCGAGAGCUCCACGCGGGGCUCAGUUCCAACGUCACACCCCCCGAAAGAGCCAUGUGGGGGUGGCCCUCGGAGGCUGGGUGACGGGCCCGCCGCGUGACGCCCGGGCGGCGUCCCACACCCCCCUCAGGUGCACUUGCCGGACUGCGGACAGCUACCUCAGGGCCAGAGGCGGCGGGGAGGGACGCGCCUGCUUCCCCGACGCCCACGGGGUGCGCCCUCUGUCCAGGUGGCUUUUCUAAUAAAGCGGGGAGCGGAGGCCUUCCCAGCAGCGGCGGUUGCCAAAGAAACGAGACCAGACACAUUUUGUAAUUCCGACGCGGGAACGCCUGUUACCGCAGCAGAAACACGUCAGCUGCCACACAAACGCAGCCCCGGGCCCGCGGGGUGGAAGAAUGCUUCUGCCAGGCUUUGGGGAGAGGGUUUGCAGUUUUUGUUCCAAAGAGCUGGCAGGGCGGCGGCGGCUCGGGAGUGGAGGCCGGCGCGGCGCGGCUCUGCUUCGUGACCAGUCGUCGGGAAAUAAGUUGCAAGUUGUUCUCGGACUAGAAAGCCCGGGCUUUCUGGGUCUGCGUUCUUGGGUGUGAACCCCGCCUCUCCCCUCUCUCCCUCAGGCCCUUCCUGCAGCUCGUGUCGCGGGGUCUGCGGGCUCGGGGGGUGCAGCGUGCCGGCGUCUGCAAGCCGGAGCGGCCGCUGCGCGCGGUGCCAGCGCCCGGGGAGUGGCUGUGGGUGACGGGGGCGGAGGCCCAGCUUGCUCCCAGAGGCGGCCUAUCUCUGACAGGACAUGUCUCGCCGAGUCCUAAGACACAGCCCAGGGGUGGCACCAGGGCCCCCAUAGCUACGGAGAAAGUCACGAGAAAGAAACCUGAGGUUGGGGUGUGCAGGGGCCCACAGGUAAGCCGAGGCCUGCUGGCGACUUUAGAAGCAUGGGGUACCCCUUGUAUGUUGCCUGCUCACAAAUAAACUUUCCACUCCACUCCACGGGCUCGACUGUUCGUUUGUUAGGGAAGGUCUGGCGGCCGCGGCUCAGGAC